CCUCAGAGAAACCCCCUCCUCCUCCACCCCCACCAAUCCCUCCCCCACCCAACUCCCAGUACCCCCCUCCUCCAUCACAAAAUGCUUACAGUGCCAAUAACUCCAUGUCCUACCCGCCUGGUGACCCAAACCAAAUGCAAGUUUACAAUCAUUCCCAGGGCAGACCUAACUAUGGACAGGGCUUCCAGGCCCAGAACGCCUAUCAGCCCUCUCAGAAUACCUCCCAGCAGCAGCAAGGCCAGUAUGUACCCGGGCUUGGCAGAGGAGAGAACAAAAACAAAAACCAAAAACAAGGACAGCAACUGUGGCACCGCAUGAAACAGGCGCCUGGUGCAGGUUCUGUGAAGUUCAAUCUUCCCAAGAGGCCCUAUCAGGUUCAGUGUUCCCCAAUUUCCAAUCAGACGUUCCCUCCAGGCGAGCAGCCCUCAGGAUUGAAUCCAACUCCUUCCUCCCCGGCUAGUGCCAGUGCUGCACCGGGCGGUGCUCAGACACGACCCCAGGACUGGCCCCAAGCUAUGAAGGAAUAUGUGCAGCGCUGUUUUACAGCCUGUGAGACGGAGGAGGACAAAGAUCGCACAGAGAAGGUGCUGAAGGAAGUUCUGCAAGACCGGUUAAAGGAUGGCUCUGCUUACACCAUUGAUUGGACUCGUGAGCCAUUGCCAGAGCUAAAGGUCAAGCAGUCUCGUUGGGAAGCUGUUCCCCAGAGGGCGUCAGAUGGCUCAGUUAGCCGCGGUGGAAGCACAGCGGCUGCAGCGUCGAGAGGCAGGGGUGGUGGACACAGACUGGGUCACUACAGAAACAUAUUCUCUCAAAGGAGUCCGUCCUCCAGUUCCUCUCAUUCAUCCUCCCGCUCCCCGUCCCCCUCCCAUGGCCGACACAGAGACCGCAGCAACCAAAGACAUAGACGCAGUGAUUCUGGCUCGCAGUCAGACAGCAGCAUCUCCAGUGACCUCCGACCUCAGCUGUCACGCCGAAGUCAGAGAGGAGCACGUGGUCGUGGUAAUGACAGGGACAGAGGACGUGGAGGUGGAGAGAGAGGACGAGGAAGAGGAGGAAAAGCCAACAGAGGAAGGCGAAACAUGGAAGAUUCCAAUUCAACGGUGGGAAAAAAGAGGAAAGGCGGCAAUGCUGGGCUGGAUUUCCACGACCCAAACAGAGAGGCAAAGAAGCAGAGCAGAGCAGCUCGUUUUCACAAGCAGCUUCGCUCCGAGCCCCUCGUUCUCUCCAUCAAUGCCCUGGACUUACCCGAUGGGACGCAGGAGGGCCUCAGUUGGGAGGACUGCCCUAUUGUGGGAACAUGCCAGGACAUCACCAAGUCUUACCUGAGACUCACCUGUGCCCCGGACCCCUCCACUGUGCGCCCCGUGCAUGUCCUGAGAAAAUCUAUACAAGCUGUGAAGGCCCACUGGAAAACCCACCAGGACUAUGUCUAUGCCUGCGAACAGAUGAAAUCCAUUCGACAGGACCUCACGGUCCAGGGAGUUCGUACUGAAUUCACAGUGGAAGUGUACGAGUGUCAUGCACGCAUUGCUCUGGAAAAGGGAGACCAUGAAGAGUUCAACCAGUGCCAGACCCAGCUGAAGGCUCUGUAUAAGGACCAUCCCUCAGACAACAUUGGAGAGUUUACAGCGUAUAGAUUGCUGUAUUACAUCUUUACUAAAAACUCUGGAGAUCUGACCACUGAGUUGGUGUACUUGACCCCGGCGCUGCGGGCAGAUGUGUGUGUGUGUCAUGCUCUUGAACUUCGUGCUGCCUGGGCGUUAGGAAACUAUCGCCGUUUCUUUAAGCUGUACCUGAAAGCCCCGCGCAUGGCUUCAUACCUCAUUGACAAGUUUGUAGAGAGGGAAAGAAAGGUUGCACUUCGGGCCAUGGUCAAAACGUUCAGGCCCGACUUGCCGGUGCAGUAUGUGCAGUCUGCUCUGGGCUUCACUUGUUUAGACUCCUGUAUGGCCUUUCUUACUGGGCUAGGUGUCACCUUUACACCCUCUGACCCCGAAAAGAUAGACUGCAAAACCAGCACAGCCUCACUGGCUGCCUCCUGAGGGAGUGGGGGUGGGAGUUGCUAGGGGACCAUCGUGGAUCCUUACAUAUACAAUGCACUGCACUUCAGACACCUCAGCCAGUCAGAUAGAGUAGUUGGGAGGCUAACAACUACUGAAGACCCGUAUAGAAAGAUGUGUGUUAGAGUACUCUGCUGCAAGAUUCAGAUUUUAUAAGGCAGAUGUCCUUUUCUAACACUCCAAUGAGAACAGAGGGAGUUUGCACACAGUCACUCUUAUAUUGUAGGUUAGCCUAAUGCCCAAGAUUUCUCGCUACAUUCAUAAUGCCAGAAAAGUGAGUGAACAGUUUAGAUUAUGGAUUACCAUGUAAUCGGCACUUAGAGGCCAAGAAGUCACAGAACCAGAUCAGAGAGGCACUCACCCACAUGGUUCCUGUUCCUUUACCACCAUCAGAUGUCAAAGCUAACAGUGUUCUGUCAUGUUUUUUCCUCCCUCAAGUCAACAGCUCCAAGACCUGAAGUUUCAAGCCUUGUCAACCAAAAGGAAACUACAAAGAAGUUCUUCAAGUCAUCCAGCUGUCUCCUGUUUGAAGUCAAGCCUGCAGAGUCAAGUCAUCUUUACAUUCUUCUCUUAGAGACUGUGAGACAGCGAGGAGAGAAGAUACCAGCAGUUUGUCUGAAAGAAGAAGAGGUGGUGGUUUGUAUGUCCUGCCCUGCACCCAGUUUCCUCAAGGUAUCUACAGUUGGCUGUUCAUCUUGCUCCAUAUCCCCAAUCAUAUGGCCCCUGAAAGCAAUGGACUGAAGUGUCAAAGUCUUGUUCCUGAAGUUAAUGAAGUUGUAGUCAUUUGCUGGUCAGUUAUGAAGUCGUUGGCCAGCAUUUGGGGAAAGUCUCAAUCUAAUGAGCAUUGACUUUGUGUAUGAUGACGAAUACAGGCAAGUGUUCUUCAUCAUCUCCUCACUCCUCCAUACACUCGAAGCUGAGCUCCAUCUCCAGAAUCAAAGCAGCCGGAUGCAGAGAGGGAAUCUGCCUCCAUCAUCCUCAGGUAGAAGUUCUGCUAGCAGCUGGAAUCCAGCACAGCCCGAUCAACGCUGUGAUGAAGCCCAUCUUUCAUCAAUGUCUCAACCUCACCAGCUGUUCAAAAGAAACAGGGGCAGCUAAGCUGCCAUCUUCAAAUACAGCUGAGGGUGAAUUCUGCGCUGCGGAGCAUCUGUGGGAAACCUGCUGCUUCUUCCAGAGGGAAUAACAACGAGUGGUUUGUAUGCUACAUCUGGCUCUGGUGUUUGCGAGGCUGGUAAGCGAAAGGGACUUCUCUGGAAGGAGGUGGAUGACGUCACAACAGAGAUGUUGCCUCACAUUUGCUGUGUUAAAUGUUAAAUGUUUCAUGUUUCGUGUUUUUUGGACAGCAGCAUUGGCCUUUAUCUCAACAAAAGAAAACAUAAUUAUGGAGCUGCAAAGCAGAUUUUUAUUAAAACAUACAAGUUGAUAUUGAAGAGAUGAAUUAAGUAUCAACAAAUUUGAUAAUAUACUAGAAUGACAUAAAAGCAGUAACAUCCCAGAACUGUUGCUGCGCAGACACACACAGUUGUUGAUAUAAUAAUAUUGAUUUGGUAACGUAUUUAAAUCACAACACAAGUUUUAAACUGAUUAAUAAAGAGGGAGAUCCAAGUUGAGUAAAGUGCUUUUAUGUCCAGUAGCUAUGAUAAAAUGUUCUAAAAUGAAAACUGCAUUUGUAGCUUCAUUCUAGUCUACAGAAACUAUUCACUCUGAAUGGAAAUCAAAUGUUUCUCUUUGUGGCAGUGGAGUUGUAGUGGAUUUUUCUGAUGUGAUUUGCUCCAUUUAUCUUCAGGAGGUUUGUACUUUAAGGGCCUAGAAUAAUAAUAAUUGCAAUGUCUUAGGUGAUAAUUGGGGGGGAAAUAUGUAUUAGGAGACUUAAAAUAGUUAGACAGCGUGAAAAUGUCAGGAAAUGUACCCUUAAAGAAUAUUUAAAACGUUCCACCAUACCCUCUAACAUCCACCUAUAAAAUGAUUGUUAAAUUAGGUCAGCGUUGUUCCUCAUAACUUUAUUUCAUUUGAACAGUAUUAAUUACCACUGUAGACAAACUGAGGCUGAGGUAUUUAAGACUGUGGUGAACUCAACAUGAGUGGAUGCAGGCCUGCUGUACAAUCGACGUGUUUACCUGUCAACAGUAUAUUUUUGUAAAUAUUGUAAUAUAUAUAUCUGUGAUUUCUUUUCGAUUGGUGCGUAGUGUAGGUUUUUUUGUUCACACACGGGUAAGUGUGAUUUUUUUUGUUUUUGUUUUGCGAAACUCUUCUUAGACCAUUUAUGUGAAUAUGUAAACUUCAAUGCAGACAGGUCUGGAUGGGGUUGUGUGUUAUGUCUUCAUCAUCAUUAUCAUUACAGUGGAUGCAGUGGUGGAGUUGAUAAUUGCCAGUUUUUAGUGCUAGUUUGUCCCAGCACAGCCUGAAAACAUUAGCACAGGCUCUUGAACCAGAUUUUGGCGAGAUGUCAUGCUCAGAUUCCAGUGAUAUGAAACAUUUGGUUGUUAAAAUCGUCCCUCCAGGAAGAAAACAACAACACGUUCCCACAUUUGUGUCGCUUGCCUGUUUUGUGGCACUUUUGUGUUGGCAGAUUGUUCCAUACUAAGCUAGUGUACACUCAGCGACGAAUGGGACCACCGUUGCCAAACGCACAUAUUGUUAACGACUUCCACAAAAGGACAAAUAUCUAUCAGGUUGACAAAAUGCUCCUGUAAAACUGGAUAUGUUUCCCGAAACUGUUCAUUGUUCAUUAUUUCAGCAAAUGUUUUGUAAUGACAAUGAUCUCAACAUGUUUUCUUUCUUCCCCUCCCCCCCCUUCAUUUAUCUGAUCCCCUGUCCUCUUUGCUAUUCCCUUCCCUCACUCCCUCAAACCUUUCUCUCACACACCACCAGACUUCUCAUUCUUCAGCUCGUAGUACUGCUGCAUUGCAGGAGCACACGGAGUGAUGAUAAAGUGGGCGAACCACCUCCAGACGCCAGCCGGAGAGAGUGAAUUGUGAGCAAUCCAAAGUCUUGGUUUGACCCACUGAAGUUGAAGCCAUACAGCUGAUAAAAUACAUGGGAGCCUCACAUUAUGAAAUGUGGAAAAUGUUGAUGUGCUGCUAAUGUGGUUUGCUGCUAACCCAAAUAUUUAAAGUGUCUUUCUGUGCAACGUGAUGUUUAGUUUUAAAAACAGUGAUGACAAAGUCAACAUGUACUGUGGUCUUCUGUUUGUCCAGAUGCAUUUACAGUUUUUGAUCAACACGCCUACAGUUGUUUGCUGGUAAAGAAAUUGUGAUAUUUAAGUUUUCUUUUCUUUCACUCUGUUUAUUUAAAGAUGUGAUUCAUUUGACUUGUGUUUGCUAGAUUGACAGACCUGCUCAAGUCAGUUACAGAGUUGCAGUAGAGUUUAGUUUUGAGUUUAAUCCCCUUAUCUAAAAUGUGUCUGGACAUACAGAACACGUUCCUUAUCCUCGAAAUACAACCUACAUCUAGUAAUAUUUUAUUUUUCUCAGUAUGCAAUCUUCUUUUAGAGAGUUUCUCAUUUGACAAGUGCUGGUGUGUGCUCCCAUGCUAAGAAAUUAACUUUUUUUUGGUUUCUUCACAUGUGACGAGCUUGACUGAUGGUUGUUUAUUGCCUUUGGUUUGUGUAAAUGUAAGAUUUUUACACAUGGUCAAAGUGUGUACAUCUGAUGUCUCAGGUUUUCAGCAUUGAAACACCAGGAUGUUUGCUUUGUUGUUUGUUUAUUAAUUUUUUUUUAGUAGAAAAUUCACCCCAGACAACUAACAGUACACAUUUUCAUUUUGGAUGCUUUUUUGUUUUUUUUCCUCUCCGAUGCCUGAGUCAUGUUUUCAGUAUUUUUUUGCUCCCAUGUUUACUGUAUACCUCCAUCAGUCGUAACUCCUUCCUCGAUAUUUGACACUGGAACAACUCCCACGUCCUUCACUUCAGCUGUGUUCAUUUCCUGCCGUUUUCUUUUUAACUCUUCAUUUGAAUUUGUCUGUUCUCACUUUCUCUUACUUCCUCUCCCCCGCAUGCUGUCCUCUCCUCCUCUCCCCCUCCCCUCAUCUCCUCCUACAAGUCUAACCACUAUUUGUUCUCUUCUCAUUCUUUUUCCUUUUAUGUUUAGUAUGUUUGUGACCGUUUGCCAUGUGCAACUAGUCACUCUCGCUAGUAAGUAUUGUAUUGCGUCUGCAAUGCUUUAAUAGUUUAUGUUGCAGCUCACUAACAACUGAAGCUGAAGGUUUAUCUGCAAUGCGUCCUCCCUAUCCCCAUCCCUCUACAGAUCUGACAUGAUAAACUGCCAUUUUGUAAAUAUUGUGUACAUAUUUUGAAAAAAAUUAAUAAAAUAAAAAUAUAAAGGGCA